UUAUGUGCCAAUCAGAAAAAGUUUGGUAUGCUGUCGAAAACAGUAGGCGUGUUCGGAAUCAUUACGAUUGGCGUAGCUGUUAAGAAAUAUUUAGCCCAAAAUGUGAGACUUCCCUUAGCUGAACAAAGUGAAAAUCGAAACGGUCCUUUUCACCGUUAUUACACCAUGCAUCAUAAGGGAUUACAUAUCAAUGAAGGACUUAAACAAGUUGGAAUUACUCAUCAAGCAACUCAAAUAAAAGUCAAUGAAAACGCCGAAAUCGAUUUGCCAGUGGUUCAAAACAGUUAUAAAGAAUUGAUGACGUUAAGUGGCAAGGUAGUUUCAAUCUUGGAGAAGCAGCUUCAUCUUUUGAAAAUAAACGAAAAAUUGUAUUUGGAGUUGCAGUCAAGUAUCAAAGCAUGGCGAAGCUUUUUAAGCACGGACGAAAUAAAACCCGACGUUUCUCGGGCACCUGAAAGGUUCCAAGAUUCGCUCUACAAUGCGUAUGACGAUGAUACUUUCGACCAGGAAAAAGAGCUCAGAAGUAUCGCGAAGACAGAGCAACUGAAAAUAAUUAUGUUUAAUCUGGUUAAUGUUUCGAAUAAAUUGGUGCUGUUUGUCGGACCAGAUAGCCCCAGUAUUACCCGGAAGCUUUUAUCUGAAGUAUCAGCGGUGCUUAAAAUUACGAACUGUAGUACAAAUUAUAACGAUUCAUUGCUAAAUGUCGUUUGCGGGAAGUUUUUAUGCUCUUUGACACUCAACGAAAUUGGUCGAAGUUUAUUACGAAGUCAGCCUUAUUUGAACAAGUUGAUUACGGAUUGGACAAAAUCUAACUUUUCUUGUUUGAGACUGAUUGGCUUAAAGUGUGUGUGGAAUCUAGAUAGACCCAUCGAAACUAUACCAGACGGCGUUUAUGUUUAUGAAAGCAUUUCUGAAAAGAAAAGAACGUCUCUAGAUAUUAUAUGGUUCCAUGGUCUUGCAGGAAGCGCCUUCUAUACAUGGCGCCAAGCAGGUCCAAGGAAAGACAAGUUUUUGACUUGCUGGCCAGUUGACUGGCUUGUUAACGAGAUCCCUGGAAACUGUCGAAUCAUAUUUCUAGAUUACGAUACUUUAAAUUCUGAUUCUAAGCUCGUGACCAAAACGAGUGAGUCAAAAAUUGCGUCUAAAGAAAAUGUAAUUGAAUCUUGUGCUCAUGACUGUUUCGAAAAGUUAAAAAGCAUAGGAAUUGGUAGAGAAAAUCCGGUGUUACUUAUUGGACAUUCGAUGGGAGGUUUGAUUCUCAAACAACUUCUAGUCUUCGACCACAAUGAAAAAGAAACCCGUGCUUAUCCCUCGCUUCUCGACAGAGUGGAAGGAAUUCUAUUUUUAUCUACUCCCCAUUUGGGAUCACCUAUCGCAAAGAAAAUUGGAUCAUUGCCUUCUCGAGUCGUCAAAGCGAGUUCUGUUUUCAACGAAUUAGGAGAUUACUCAAAAUGUAUGUUGCUCAACUCGAAGUUCAUGCAAAUUAUGUUGACAGAACCCGAAAUCGAUGUGAUCAAUGUUGCCGAGAGUCUUCCAACAGAGUUCGGGUUUGGGAUUUCCUUGAAUAUCGUUCCCCUGAUAUCGGCCUACCCUGGUUUUGGGAGGUUCCGAGUGCUGAAGCUAGACCAUAUGCGCCUCAGCAAACCCACUGGAAAAGAUGAUGAGUUGUAUAACCUCGUUAAAGAGUUUGUAAUCAGUCACGUGCCUUUAAAAAUAGAGGAUUCAGAUCACGAAAAUCAUGAAUGUGUUACUUCAAAUAAUCUAUUUAGAUUUGUUAAUUUAGAUUACUGCUAGAGG